AUGCUCCAGCAGAGCUUCAACCUCUUCCACACAGAGCGCUCCUCUGCUGCCUGGGACACCACCCUCCUGGAGCAGCUCCGCACUGGACUCCAUCAGCAGCUGGACGCCCUGGAUGCCUGCCUGGGGCAGGUGAUGGGAGAGGAAGACUCUGCCCUGGGAAGGACGGGCUUCACACUGGCCGUGAGGAGGUACUUCCAGGGAAUCCAUGUCUACCUGAGAAAGAAGGGAUACAGUGACUAUGCCUGGGAAACUGUCAGAGUGGAAAUCACGAGGUGCUUUCUGUGUUAA